CUUUUACCAAAAAACUUACCAGAGAAAAAUGGUGGAGAGUUUUAGUUAAUAUUUAUUGAAGAAUUCAAAAUAAGAUGGCAGGACCACGUCCAGCUUCACGUUUAAAAUCGAGAAACAAAAAUCAACGAAAAGGUGGUAAGCCAGAAAAUGACGGAUCAAAUUCAAAUGGAAAUGAUGGUACAAAACAAGAUGAAGCUGUUUUAAAGAAACCAAUUGAAACAAGUGUGAUUGGUCUUAUUCGAGCAUUGAAAGUUUUGGAAAAUGGGACACCAGAAGUACGCGAUUAUUUAUCGAAUGAAUGCGAUAUUAUAUAUGAAUGUCGUGUUUGUCGAAGUUUGUUCCGAAGUCUUGCAAAUUUUAUACUUCAUAAACGAGUCUAUUGCCAAGAUACAUAUGAGUCGACGUUUAAUCGAGAUAGACGCUUUCAGGAAGAUGAACAAUUAUUUAUUCAAUCCGAAACCGAACUGAAACAAGAAGAUGAUAAUCAAGAAACCGAUAAGAAAUCUAAAGAUUUAUCAUCGAUAAUAGAUCGUUUAGGGAAGAAAAUAGAUACCAAUCCAUUUCCAACUACGAAUGUUAAAAUAUCUGAUUUACCCAUAACUAGCCAUGAAGAUAAUAUAAAAAAUGUUUUAAGUUUACAAACUGUGGAAGGAACAGUAUCUGGAAUGUUUCAAACUAUUAGCGAAAAUUCAUAUGAAAAUGACUCGGAAUUUAUGAAAACUGAAGUCAUGGAAUUGCAUAUGAUGGAAAAUGAUGGUGGGGCUGUUAUAGGUCCUGAUGGUCGUUGCUUAGGAUUCAGAACAUCCACGAAGAGUCCUAACACGGUGUACAAUGAUUUUAAAAUGGACUUCAUGAAUGAAGAUUCUUAUAAUGGCAAACUCGAAUGUGAAAAAUGCAACCAGAAAUUUUCAACUCGAAAAACAUUACGUUUUCACUUAAAUACAAAACAUAGUGAAAAUCGUCUAGUUUAUCCAUGUCCGGAUUGUGCUGAAACAUUUGUGAAUCCAUGGGGUGUGUAUCGUCAUUUAUUUAAAGUCCAUCGUAAAACAUCAAGUGAAGUAAGAAAACUACGUGAUACUGUACAAAACAGUUCUUAUCAAAUGGAUCAAGCACCAAUUAGAAAAAUAAAACCUGAUACAAAUACUGAAAUUGUACUUUCAGAACAAGAACGCUUACAUAAAAAAAAUGAAGAAUGGAUGGAGAAUUUAGAAUGUGAUAAUGAUUUGCAAUGUUGUGGCGGAUGUGGCCGACGUUUUGAACGAAAAGCAGCCUUGCAUUCACACUCGUUGAUGUGUCAAAAACGUAUUGCAGCCUGUAAUAAAAUUAAACGCGCUGCACAAUCUGAUGAUAAAUCAUCAUCAGCCAAGUCGAAAAGUGUAGUUAAAAAGAAUUUAAUUAUGAAGAAAAAAUCGAACAAUGAAGAUUCCACACCAGAAAAGAAUAGUUAUGAUGUAACUCCAAAUGAAUCACGGUCAUCGUCUAGAGCCGAAAUCAUAACAGAAAAUAUAUUCGUUGAGAAAGAAACGAUAUCGAGUAAGAACUCAUCGAGCAUCAAUUCAUUAAAAUUAAUUUUAUCGGAUGAUGACUCGUUAGAAGAAGUGCCGGUUAAAGAUCCACUUGGAGUGUCUGAUACCGAAGAAACAACACCUCCAAUAGUUCCGACUCCAACACCUCCAACAACAGAAACAACUGUUAGUAGAGUAAUUUUUAAUGAUGUAGACACGUCAUUGCCAACUGAUAAAAAUUCUGAAAAAGACAGCAGUAGCAUUUCGGCAACAGAUAAAGAUAAUAUGACAUUAGAAAACAUAAACGAUGAUAAUUUAAAACCAAUUGGUCCAACAUUUAUCAAUGAUAUGCUUGCCGUAAGAAUGAAAGCUUUCACAAAUGUAGGUCGAAAAUUUGUUUGUAUGCCAUGCGAUUAUCGAUAUAGUUCCUUAGCAUCGUUACGCCGUCACAUGGCUAUACAUUUCAGUUGGAAACGUUUCCGUUGUUUACGCUGUGAUUUUAUGUGUUUUGACAAACGUGAAGCCAUAGUUCAUGCUCAAACAACUCACCAUGCUACGUUGGAUGUUAUUAAAAAGUUUGUAACACGUAUGCCCGAAACAGAAUCUGAUAGUUAUUCAUCGAAAGUAUUUUUACCAUUGAAUACAACCCCUCAAGAAAUAAUCACGUUAGAUGAUAGUGACGAUGAUUCUACAAAACAUGAAAAUCAAAAUAUGGAGGAUGCAAAAAGUACAACCUCAUCAACAGUUGCGGCAAAUGAUGAAGAUAGUAAUGUACAAAAUGAAUUUUCGCGAAAUUUAAUAAUGGAAAUGAUAAUCGGCAAUAGUGAGCCAAGCCAAAAAAUUAAUAUUUCAUCUAGUUCAAUUGAAUCAAGUAAUAGUACAUGUGAUCUACCACCAUCAAUGAACACUUCUGAAGUUGAUCCAUUACCACCUACAUCGACAAUUGUAGAAUCCACGUCAAAAUUUUCAAGUGAUUUAAUUGUUGAAACAAAAUUAUCUAAUGAAACAAUUGAAAAAUUGUCGAAUGAAAUAAUUUUGUCUAGCGCGCCAUCAACAAGUAAUACUGACGACAGUAUAAAAACUUCAACAAAUAUCAGUUCUUCGAGACCAGUACGAAAUCGAGUAAAACCAGUCAAUAAAGAUUUUAUCUACGAUAUGUCAGCCUUCACAAGUGAAGUUGAAGAUUUUUCAUAUACGACAAAAUCAAAACGUAAAACCGAUUGUGAUAUUAAAGACAUUGAACAAAAUAAAUUUACAUUAGAUACAAGUGAUACGAUUACAACAUCUUCGUCAAAGGCAAAAAAGCGGCGACGUAAUUCUAAAGUAUAUACAUCAUCAAAUUGUUCUAAUUCUAGCAAUAAUUCAUGGGAGUCAAAUGAAAAUGUACGAAUUGUUCCUAUUAUUGAUUAUACACAAAUUAGUAGCAGUAAUUUUAUUCGAAAACCUGAAGAAAUUAUUACGAAUGAUCGUAAUGAUUUAGUGAUCACACCGACUUCAACGACACAUUCAAGCCAAUCUGAUAAAACAUCGAUAGUUACAACAACCACCGAUUCAGAACAAACACCAGUGUCAACGGAAUUUAUGAUUCAUAGUGUAAUGUCAGUGAAUACUUAAAAAAAUUUGGGUAGUGUUCGCUUGAAUAGAUUUUUGUAAAAUGUUUUCAUUAACAUUUCAUUUGCUUAAGAUAUGAAUCGAGCAUAAUUUGUAUAUCCAUUUUUCCAACUAGAUUAUAAUUUAGUUUCUUUCCAAGUUUUUCAA